AUGGCAUACCGCCCCAAGCACUUUUGUCAUGGCAUAUUUUGUUUUACUAGUGACUUGAAUGCUCUGCAUCCCCAAAUGAGUCAAACGAUUUCUCCAUCGGACAUACCGCCACAGUGUUUAGGAGAAACGGGUGCCCUGAAUUUUAAGCCCCCAACUGAGCAGGAUCUCAAAGAUUCUGCUGCUCUUGAAGAGGCUCUUGCACAAAUGAAUAUAUUCGAAACUCAGGAAGAGAUUCAUCAAAGACGGGAAGCCCUUAUCAAACUUCAAGAAAUUUCAAACCGAUGGAUUUACAAAAAGGCCCUGGAACAGAACCUGCCGGAGCACAACGCUCUCUCCACGACCGGCAAAAUAUUUACCUUCGGUUCAUACCGGUUGGGCGUGAAUUUCAGAGGCGCAGACAUUGAUGCUCUGCUAGUUGUUCCUCGGUUCAUUACGAGAGAGGAAUUCUUCUCUGAUUUUCAGGCUCUUUUAUCGGAGGAAGAUUCUGUAGAGGAUCUACAUGCUGUCCCAGACGCAUUUGUUCCUGUACUUAAACUGAAGUUCAUGGGUGUUGAGAUUGAUUUACUGUUUGCACAAAUCGACAUGAUGUCCGUACGAAGCGAUUUCAACUUAUCUGAAAAUUCUGAACAACUGUUACGGAAUAUGGAUGAACGAGACGUCCGUAGUGUUAAUGGUGUGCGCGUUACAGAGGAUAUGUUGAACCUCGUGUAUCCGAAAGAUGUCUUCAAAACAGCUCUGAAGGUUAUUCGCUUAUGGGCGAAGCGGAAGAAUAUUUAUUCGAAUGCCAUCGGCUUUCUUGGAGGCGUCAGUUGGGCAAUCUUGACUUGUCGAAUUUGCCAACUGUACCCGUGCGCUUCGCCGUCGACAAUCGUGUACCUGUUUUUCACAAUCUUCAGUCAAUGGCCCUGGCCGAAACCUGUUCGCCUGCGUGAAUCAGAAUACAUUCCAACUUUAAAUUUGCCCGUAUGGGACCCACGACAUAAUCCCACAGAUCAGUACCACCUGAUGCCAAUCCUCACGCCAAGCUACCCCUCACAGAAUUCGACGUAUAACGUUCAGCGGAGUAAUCGCAUCAUCAUUGAACGUGAAAUAAAACAAGGUGUGUGGUGUGUGUUGCUUGGUCUCAUUCCACUUUGUCUUGCUGUUGUGAAGGAAAUACUUCUUCGGAAACGCACGUGGUCGGAUCUCUUCGAACCAGCUUUCUUCUUUACGUACCGCCACUACGUUGUGGUAAUUGUAAGUGGCGAGGAGAAGCGGUGCUUCAUGGAGCGGUGCGGCUUGGUUGAGUCUCGACUGCGUGUUUUGGUGAGCAACGCAGAGAGCAAUCGCUACGUGAAGAUUGCGCAUGUGAAUUGUCGUGCGUAUGGGAAAGGUCCACAGGACGGGGAUGCUGCUUUUGUGAAGAAGUGGUUUAUUGGCAUGGAGUUCGACCGGAACCCAACAUCCUCCACUACACUAACCAAUCACACAGCCACAGCUGCUGUUGCUACUACAGCAGCCGAUUCAUCGGCCCCACCUCCCAAACUCAACAUUGACUUGAGUGACGUUAUCAGCUCCUUUGAGAUUGCCAUCGAGCGAGGCAUGUCCGCUGAGGACACACGCACAAGCGUUACUGUCAAGUAUGCAAAGAGGAGCCACCUGUCGCAGUUCAUUUCUCCCGAGGACAUGGAGGAGAUCAGAAAGCAGUCUGCAGCACAUGUUACCGCCAACCAAAGUAAUCCUGGUGGUCUUACUCGUCACGGAUCAAAUCUCAGUCAGAUGUCAGCCUCUAAUUCCCCACGCAAUUGUGACUCACCAAAUACCACCGCGCUAUCGCCUGCAGUGGCUCCCGCACCAAUAUCUCCCCGAUCCCUGUCCGCUUCCAGCGCUAAAAUUGAUGCUUCUAAGGAGAAGACAGAUUCCGUUAGUUGGAAGAUUCACUAUAGCUUUAACUUUUUGGCAUGCAAUUUGCUUUUAUUACAGCCUCAAACAAACCCCGGUGGUCCCCGAAUCGGUGAUAAGCGGCAUUCAACAGAUGCCUCCCUUCCUCCCACAAACGGACGGCUGAGAGUUCCGAACGAAUCACCGGCAGCAGGCGAAGGUGGUGGUGGUCCGAACACUGGUGAACGCGCGGUGGAUCGGCUAGCGAAAGGCGAAAACUCGUCCACUUUGUCUUCCGAAGUAAAGCGUAGUCGUUGCCUUGCUCAGGAAGACCAAGCGACCAACGGUUCCACUACCUCGCCUCAAUCCCAAGCCGCCACCCCCACCACCACCUCGUCUGCAGCGCCUCUUCGCACUGGUGCUUCUUGA